AUGAACGGUGGCAGAUUUGAUUUUGAUGAUGGCGGUACCUACUGCGGAGGUUGGGAAGAAGGCAAAGCUCACGGGCAUGGCGUUUGCACGGGUCCCCAAGGGAAGGGCGAAUAUGCCGGAGCUUGGCAUUACGGUUUCGAGGUAUCUGGAGUUUAUACAUGGCCAUCUGGAAACACUUAUCAAGGUCAAUGGCAAAACGGGAAACGACAUGGGCUUGGAGUCGAGCAACGCGGUCGUUGGAUAUAUAAGGGUGAGUGGACUCAAGGAUACAAAGGUAGAUAUGGACACCGGUUGUCGGUGACUUCACAGGCUAGGUAUCAGGGUACCUGGUCCGCAGGGUUUCACGAUGGUUAUGGUACGGAAACUUACGUCGAUGGAGGUGCUUAUCAAGGACAAUGGUUACGUGGUAUGCGACAUGGAUACGGCAUCCGGAAAAGUGCUCAACACGGUGUGGCUGCGAAGUUUCGAUCCCGAUCACGCACAAACGCAUCUCUUACUUCACUGAGGUCUGAAUAUGGCGAGAGUGAGGAGAAAGAGAGGAAUUACGAUGAAGCAGAUGAGAAUCGAGGUGGCUUUGUGCUAAAAGCUUGCAGUAAAGCACCUACCAGGCGUCGGUCUCUUUCGGAGCGUUCAUUAGCCGUGAAGCGAACCAUUCUAAGUGGUUUACGAAUCAAAAAGCAACAUUCAACUGGUGAUAUACAUCAACGUGUCACUACCGGAAGUUUAAGGUCAAGCGGUAGCACAGUAAGCUGUACAUCGGACGAAUCAGAACACCGGCAAGGACGGGAAAAUCUGAUCGUAACUCAAGAAGAUCACAUUGAUCCGAAUACGACUGAAGUUUACAAAGGUGAGUGGAAAAACGACAAACGAUGUGGAUUUGGAGUUGGUGAACGAAGUGAUGGGCUGAAAUAUGAAGGGGAAUGGUUUAAUAAUCGAAAAUGUGGCUAUGGAAUUACAACUUUUAGAGAUGGCCGGAGGGAAGAAGGGAAAUAUAAAAAUAAUGUAUUAAUAUGCUCAAACCGUAAGAAGGGAUUGUUGUUUGUACGCUCAUCAAGAUUUAAAGAACGUGUUGGAAAUGCUGUUGAAGCUGCCAAUCGUGCUGCCACUAUUGCUCAACAGAAGGCAGACAUAGCUAUAUCGCGAACAUCAACAGCUAAAGAACGCUCGGAGCAAGCCGACUAUAUAGCAUUGCAAGCUCGUGAAGAUGCCGACACAGCUAGAUUGUGUGCAAAGCAGUUUGCUCCUGAGUUCAGGCAAUCCAAUACAGAAGCGAUUCGAAUGCAAAUGAAUUGCUUGCAACAGCAACAUAGUGCUGGUACUAUUACUAGCGCAAAUCAUGUCGCUUUCGACUCACCGCCCACUUCCAAAAGUUCUCAUGAAUCACGUGACCUCUCCGAUGAACUUGUUAUCUUGAAUCCUCCUUCUUUACCAAGUGCCACACCAGAUAUUACUUACUCACCAUCACAACAACCACAAACUCCAGACAGUACGCUAUACCAACAACCUCAGCAGCUAAUGGUUAAUAUGAAUUCCUAUCAGCAAGGAAUUAUGGCUAAUUCAGAUGUGGAUUUCAUGUCGUCAUCACUGCAGCAGCAUCAUCAGUCAUCCAAUCCUGGUGGCUAUCAAAGUAGUUCUGGAUUUCAGGCUAGCAAUGUAGCAUCGGUCUAUCAGCAGCAGCAACAACAACAACAAAAUGUUAAUUCAAUUGGUUAUGCGGGUCCACAACAAACUUCCAUAUUUGGUCCAACUUCUUAUCAAGUGUUGCCAAGUGUUUCUUCAGCACAUAAGAUUGCUAGCGGUUAUCAGUCCUCUACUCAACUUCCUGUUAUUUCGGGUACACCUUUACCGGUCGUUCAGGUUCCCUACAUUUCCUCCUCUUCAUCGUGUCAUCCAAAUACAGCGCCUCAUCACAAUGUCAAAGUAUCGCAUCAAUAUCAGCAGAAACAGCAACAUCACCAUCAAAAUGUUCUUGCUUCAUAUCCAGGUACAGAAUUUGCAAUACCAGACCAGCAGUCGUUUAUUUUUCAUUCCGAUAUCACAUCUUCAGAGCAAGCAAAUAACACGACCUCUAAUGUUACUGGUGAAUUACAACAGCGUCAGUUCAGUAAUGGCACUACGGAUCCGCGUUCCAUUCAAAAUAUUAGUCCAGCUUCUUCUAGAAAUUUGUUACAGAAUUUAUAUAGGCGGUCGACGUUAGCAACAGCUAGUGAUAAACGAUUAGAAGAUGCUGUGAGACGAGGACGAGGAGGAGGUAGUAGUGGUGACGAUGGAUUCGAAGAAGUCGAAGGACGUGGUUCAUUGCCAAAUUUGGUCGAACUUGAAGUAUCUGGGGUGCAACUGAGGAGAGAGGAAGCGGCACGACUUGCUUCGCAACAGCGCCAAGAGUUGCAACGCCUUCUCGAAGAAGAACAAUUAUUGCGUAGUAAUCCUCUCCGAUAUUUGUUUCAUCCUGCUUUUAGGGCGUGGAUAAUACGGUGGAAAAUGCCACUCGUGCUUUCAAUGGCGAAUAUUUUCCUGUUAAUGGUUUUCUAUAAUCUUCUCACUUACGAAAAACGAACGCGUGAACGUCGAUGA